ACAUCGCCCGAGCCGCGCAGCAACUUGUGAAUUGUUGUUAGUUUAGAUAUAGUUGCGACAGUGUUGUGUUAACAGGUGUUAAACCGCUGGACUUUUACAUUCAGUCGAAACUCUAAAGUCGACUCGAAAUAAUAAUAAAAAAAAACUAAUGAUGACGGAAACGGUUGUAAAUGUGCAAGAGGCACCGAACAACAACGCGGCCAAACCCCAGACCAGUGACCAGCCCUUAAGUUGGAUUAAGUUCAAUGUGGAUUACUUCAAAACGACACCUGGAUUAAUUAAGAUUGCGGAACUGAUUAUCGGAAUUUUGUGCAUGUCAUUGGCCACGCCGUAUUUGGGUGGUACGCACUUUUUCUUGUUCGUCGCCACCACAUCCUUCAUUGCCACGCUGAUAUGGGUGGUCGUCUAUUUGUUGGGCGUUAGGGAAGCCCUGCCGAUGCCAAUCAAUUGGAUUCUAACGGAAUUGGUGAACACCGCGUUCUGCACGCUGUUUUACAUCCUCGCCUUCAUCGUGCAAUUGGCCGUCUGGUCGGGAUACGGCGGUCAUGCCAGAGGUGCAAACAUUGCCGCCGGGGUGUUCGGCAUCCUCAACUCGGUCGCCUACGGAUUCGGUGCUUAUUUGCUGUACUUGGAACACAAGAGCAACAGGACAACAUAAAAUGUCAGAAGCGCUAUCAUUAUAUGUCGACUGAAUACUGUGUACAUCUCAGAAAAUAGAUUAAUGAGUCGUUUUUAGGAACUUUAAAUCAUUCACAUUGUAAAACUUAUAAUUAUAAACUGAUGACUGGUUUCGUGUGGAUGGAUUGUUGUAGUUUAGUUUUGCAUAAAGUUUAACUUAUUCGAAAUUCAGUCUUGUUUGAUUAUAUAAGUGUUGAUGUGUUGUGUUUACGUAAUGUUUUUAUAAUAUACUUAAGUGUCGAUGCAUUUUUACAAUCACCAGAAAUUACGCAAAAUUGUCCAAGGAUCGUAUUUGUUUGUUGUAACAUACACAUCAUUCAGGGACGUAGUGUAAAAUAAUCUGCGUAAUUGUUAUUUUAAAAUAAAACUUAGAUUUGUACAAAAUAUACAAAUGUACUUAUAAUGUUGUUCUUUUAGCAGUCUAUGCUUGUUAUUUUUCACUUGUCGUUAUUGUGCAUUAGUUUUUUCACUAAAAUUAGCUUUAGAUUAAUUUAUGAGUAAUAAUACCAAUUUAGAUGACACGAUAAUGUAUCUAUUUAAGUUUUCAAAUUUUAUUGUAUAACAUCGUACCUAAUCAGUGUAUAUUUUAUUUUAAAUAAAUAAUUGUUUUUUA